AUGUCACUUCCCCAUCACUCUACCCCUCUUAUAUUAAUUACCGGGGCGACCGGGUUCAUCGGCUCACAAGUCGUUCUCGUAUCCCUGCGGGCGGGCUACCAGGUGCGACUAGUCAUCCGCAAACCCGAGCAGGAAGCCGUUCUACGAGCCCGAUACCCUAACUAUAACGACCAAAUCGAAAUCUCAAUCAUUACAGAUAUCACUGUCCGAGACGCAUUCAAGCCUGCUUUUACCGGCGUGGACUAUGUUUUCCACUUGGCUUCCCCAAUGCCAGGUCGCGGUUCUGACCUACAAGCAGACUAUAUCGACCCGGCCGUCAAAGGAACCGAAUCCGUUCUCUUUUCUGCGCUAGCAUUCCCUCAAAUCAGGAAGGUGAUCAUUGUAUCCUCGGUCCUGGCAUUAGUGCCCCCUACUGCUCUGCAACAGAAGGAAGUAUUCGUCAAAGGCCCCCAUGGACACGGCUUGAAAUACAGCGCCUCGAAGAUUUGCGCCCACCAAGCCACGCGGGACUUCCUAGCCCGCCAGAAUCCACACUUCACUAUCAUUACGCUCCAUCCAACUUUUGUUCUUGGUGAGAGUCUCAUCCAGGAAACACCAGAGGGGAUAGACGGAAUCAACGCGCUCUUCUGGAAUAGUCUGCGUUCUGAGAAGCCGACAAUGCCGAACGUGUGGGUGGAUGUACGUGAUGUGGCGGAAGCGCAUCUUCAGACGCUUAAGACGGAGAUUCCGUCUGGGACGGAAUUUCUUUUGUCGGCGCCGGCGGCGUCAUGGGGAGAAGUAAGCGAGUUGGUGAGGCGGAAGUUCCCUUUUGUUGGCUGUAAAUUAGAGGGACCGAUCGAAGGAGGGUGGACAGUUGAUGCACGGACUGCGGAGAGGAUGUUGGGAAUGAAUUGGAGGAGGCAAGAUGAAAUUGUCGAGGUGAUGCUGGAGCAGCAGUUGAGGUUGAGAGAAGUUGAGGCUUCCUUGUAA